AUGUCGUUCGGAAAAGCUGGCUGGACUUUGUUGAACCCUCUCCGGGGGGUUUUGCGGUCCUCGACCUCGCUUGUGAGUCGGAGUUAUGCGGCUGUUGCUGAAGCCAGAGCUGUGUUGAACAGCGAGCUCGAAUCUAUUCGCAUGGCGGGGACGUGGAAGGCGGAGAGGAUCAUUACUUCCAAACAGGGACCGCACAUCAACGUGGACGGAAGCCGUGGGGGCAUUUUAAACUUCUGCGCCAAUAACUACCUUGGACUAUCCAGUCAUCCAGAAGUGGUGCAAGCAGGCAUUGAUGCACUAAAAACGUACGGCGCUGGAUUGAGCUCUGUCAGAUUUAUCUGCGGUACUCAGGAUUUGCACAAAAACCUGGAACAGAAGUUGGCAGAGUUUCACGAGAGGGAGGACUGCAUCCUCUAUGCCAGUUGUUUUGAUGCCAAUGCUGGACUGUUUGAGGUUCUGCUGGGGCCAGACGAUGCCGUGUUGUCAGAUGAACUUAACCAUGCCUCCAUUAUUGAUGGUAUCCGUCUGUGUCGGGCAAAGAGACUGCGCUACAAACACAUCGACCUGAAUGAUUUGGAGAAUAAGCUGAAGGAGUCACAGUCAUGUCGCAUGCGGCUGGUAGUGACAGAUGGCGUCUUCUCAAUGGAUGGCGAUGUGGCACCAUUAACAGGAAUAUGUGAUCUGGCUGACCAGUACGGAGCCAUGGUGUUCAUUGAUGAAUGCCACGCCACUGGUUUCCUUGGGCCCCGUGGGAGAGGAACCGAUGAGCUGUUGGGAGAGAUGGACCGCGUUCAUAUCGUAAACUCCACACUGGGAAAAGCACUAGGAGGUGCAGCUGGUGGCUACACAGUAGGUCCGAAGCCCCUCAUUGACUUGCUGAGGCAGCGCUCUCGCCCUUACCUCUUCUCCAACUCCCUUCCCCCUCCGGUGGUGGGCUGUGCCACGCGGGCCGUCGAGCUGCUACUCGCCUCCAAUGAGAUUGCGCAGAGCAUGUCAGCCAAAACCAUGAGGUUCCGGAAUAACAUGACACAGGCCGGCUUCACGAUCUCGGGCUCCGCUCACCCAAUUUGUCCAGUCAUGCUCGGUGAUGCAAGGCUUGCUUCUCUAAUGGCAGAUGAUAUGUUAAAGCAAGGAGUGUAUGUGAUCGGAUUUUCCUUCCCCGUCGUUCCGAAAGGCAAAGCCAGAAUUCGUGUUCAAAUUUCAGCCGCCCACACUGAUGAAGACAUUGACCACUGCGUUGAUGCUUUUAUUCAGACUGGUAGGAAGCAUGGUGUCAUCUCCUGA